AUGCAAGGGGGCUUUGGUGGCACCAGCGGCUUCGGCUUGACGAGCGGGCUUCGCCCAGGCUCCAGUCUGCGCCCUGGCUCGCAGAUGCGCCCUGGCUCACAGAUGCGUCCCGGUUCGCAGAUGCGUGGCGCACAGGUGGCUGGCAUGGGUGAGAGCCUGCAGCAGCCCGUUGCGAUUACCGCAAAGGCGCCGGUGACGCUCGAAGGCAUGCGUGCAGCAACUCGCUCGGGCAACGCGGGGCCAGGGCGGCAGGUGGGCGACCGCAGCUACUACAUUGGUCUGCUGCGCCCCAAAAUCACGGAGCUGACAACGGAGAUUGAGCACCUCAAUGAGCAGGAGGAGCUGAUCGGAAAGAACAGCUCCGUGCUGGUGCAGCUCCAGCACCGCAAUAAGAGCCUGACCGAGGAAAUUACCAAGCUGAAGGGUACCCUCGCCGAUAUUAACCUCGCUGUGGAGAAGAGCACCUCUCAAGACGCCAACAGUGUAAAGGAACAGGGAAUGAAGCUCACACAACUAAAUAUUGAGCGGCGCAAGCAAGUGGAUCAGUUGUUUCUCAACUCAAAGGAGGUGGAAACGCAGACGAAGAAGAACCUACAGAUGCUGGAGGAUGAGAUGCAGCAUCUUGAUCGACGAAUCCUCGCAGAGAACCAGGACUACGCCCUGUACAGCACCACACGUGACGAUGCAUUCACUGUCUCCGAUGCGAUGCUGAAUCGCCAGCAUCAAGUGCGCACGCUGACAGCGAAGCAGGAGCUCCUCGUGGCAAAACUCGCCAACGACGCCGAUAAGAAGCGGGCGGCAGAUGUGCUGCGCGACAUUCUGCGCAAGCGGCAGCUGAAGGAGGAGCUCACAAAGCAGUGCGCCUUGUCCGUUGAGGAAGAACGACAGCUUCUAUUCAAGCAGGUCAAGACAGCACGUGGAGACAUUGAGGUGCUGGAGCGACAGGUUAACGAGACACGUGACGCCCUCGGCGAGUCCAAGAGUCGCUGCAACGCUCUUGACGAGGAGCUGAAGAGCUACAGCGGCGAGAACCUCAAGGCGUUCCAAGAACUCCAGGAAAAAGACCGCGAGAUGCAGAAUUUCAUGGAGACUCUCCCUGCGAAGCAGAAGGAGGAGAUGGACAAAAUUGCACAGGUGGAGAGCAGCAUUGCGCUGCUGCUCGAGCGCAUUUCACAAGCGCUGGAGCUGCGCAAGCAGAUGCCACGUGAGGGUGCGCCUGGUGCCCUGCAGGCGCUGGAGAGCGAGGUGGACGCGAAGCGCAACCAGAUCCAGAACGACCAAGUGACGCACCAGCGCCUGGAGAAGGAGCUGCUAGACCGCAAGGUGGAGCUUGACAAGGUGGAAAACCUCGACAGCAAGAUCAAGGCCGAACUACAGGCACACGAGCUAAAGAUGGAGCAGCAGUCCCAGGAUAUGAUAAAGUACAGUGAUAUGGAGGGGCUGCGCCACAACGUCGAGAACCGACGCGCGGAGCUCGUCAGAGACCGGGCGUUCCUAACGAAACUGCGCGACUCCAGUAAACAGCAGCUGAAUGUGAUGAGUACAACAAACGAAAACAUGCGGAAACAGCUGAACGAAGACGCUGCCUUCCGCUCCAUGUCUACGUUAGAGGGACGGCUGCGACACCUGCGGCAGUCGAGCUUCUCGUUGGAGGAGUUCGUGCGGCUGAAGGGCAAGGAGAGCUACUACCUCGGCGCCAAGACCGAUUGCCUGCGCCUCGUGGACGAGAUCAACUUACUGCUGAAGGAAACUGACCGCAUGCGCGGCGGCAGCGCUGCUGGCCCCGUUCUGAUUGUUGGGGACCACCAGUGA